UGGAUAUGUAGACUAGUUGUAUUUAACAAACUACCACAUGAUACGGCAACCAUUUAGGUACCAAACGGAGAGAAGGUUGUACGUUUUGCCUGUUUUUUGCAAGAUUCGACGGUGGACAUGGACACUGCGCGUGCGCACUAGAGAUCGUGACAAUGCCAAUCCGGCGUUUGUAAGGUGCACUGUGAAGUUACGAACGGAAGAAACUGAAAAAUGCUUUUGUUCAAGAUAUACGCUGUCGCUUUGCUUGUAGCGGCCGCAACAGCCGAUAAGAAAAUAGAACUAGAAGAUAUCGAAGAGGAUAAUUUGAAAAGUGAAAGGCAAACGGAGUACGAAAAGGAACGUCCUCAAGGACCCAGUGCGGUGUCCGCACCUGAUUUGGGAUAUCUGAAAAAUAAUUUCAUUCAGUACUACGAUGCACCUUCGCCGACAACGCAGCACCCGCGUUACGUGCAACAGUACGCUGUUACUGAAUCACCUGAAGCCCAAUCGAAACCUCAGUAUGAUCAACAUCAACCAGUAGGCUAUAUAUCUAAUGUGCCUAUGCUCUACAUAGUACCACAAUACUACAACGAGCAGAUGCCACAAGUACAACCUCAUGGCACACAAUAUGCUCCUUCUGGACCUCAAAACAGCUACCCAACUAGCCCCGAACAGCAACAACAACAGAACUAUAUUGUCCCAACUUUUAUUACUCCGACCGGGAAUGCACAAGUUCCAAGGUUCAUUCAGCCGUACACAACUCCAGUAGCAUUCAUCGGUUAUCCACAGCCAACACUUCCACCGCCGCAGCCUAGUGCAAGCCCACCACAAUCAUACCAAACAUACCAAAGUCCUAUAGCUAAUUACCAGACAGCACUGGUAGCGCCACCUUUUAAAAAUUAUCAGCAGAUAAAUCAUUAUUCUAAUUCCAUUGACCAAAAUCACGGUCAAGGAUUUUCAUCACAAGCAGAAGGUCCGUAUGUACCUCACCAAGAAUAUCCAAGAUAUUAUAAUUCAAGGGCUCCAGUAAGGGAUGAGUAUAGGACAUCUAUUGAGUUGCCUCAUCCAAGUCCAUUAUUAUUGAAACCAUCGCCACCACACUUAUCACAUAUACCGAAGGCUUUGCCAACAUACCGCCCCUUGUCAAAACCUAUAUACGCAACAAGUGGGCCACUGAUUUCUACCGCUUUCACUCCUAAGCCCGCUGAGGCGUAUGGAGUUCCAUUUAAAAGGAGACCGACGUCUUUAUUGGAAUCCUAUAUCCCAUCAAGCGUCCAACUAGAGUAUUUGAAGAGAGGUUACACCAAAAACGCAUUGUCAACUUACGAGGCAUUGUCGAGUGGUCGGGGUUUUCCCCAAGUUUAUCCCACACCAAGAUAUUAUGAACGUGGUUUUCUUCCCAAUCAAAUGUACCACACCGCAGCUGGUGGUGUCACUUUUGGCCAACAUAAAAGAGCUCCAAAACAAUCUAAGUAAUGAUAAAUUAUAGGAUUAGUAAAUAAGUCAAGCUUAAAAACCCAAAUAGAAUUAACGGAUAAACUUUUCUGAAUAAUGGCAACAAAAUGUUCAAAGUAAUUGUAGUACAACGAUUGUAAAGUGUGAAGAACGAAGUAAUCCCAAAUGGUUUGUGUAUAUUUAUUAAACAUAGUUUUAUUAUGUUCAAAUACAUAAAUGGAAAUUAAAUAAUGGAGCUAUUCUAAUUUUAUAUCGAUCAGUAGGUAUAUUAAACAUAGGGUAAAUUUUUUGAGGAACUUUAAAACCCGAAAGAGUAGGUUUUCAAUUUGUCUAUUUUUAGAAUUUACAAGUAAUUAGGUAUUUGAAUUACCUUUAUGUAUUCGGGCAGUCAUUGUAAAUACUCGUAAUAGGUUAAGUGUUGUUUUGUAGUAAUUUAUAUUGUAAUCCUUAUAUUCAUAAAAGUUAAACCAA